AUGUGCACGGGGGCAGCUACAGCUGAAAUGUCACGCAGUGUUUUGCAGAACCAUGUUCGGGCAUCUGGUUAUGACAUGAAAAUUGAGACUGUGGCCGUGUGGGAAUGGAGCGAGAAGUGCCACCCGCUCAUGGUGAACAAUCUCCGGUGGUGCCAGGAGGUGACAGGCUUUCCGGAACACCCCCACAUGUUCGUGGACAUAGAGGCGUUGAGCCCUAGCAAUUGCUACAGGCCCGGAGCAUCCUACAAGCAGAAGAAGUUCAUCAUCAUGUCGAGUUGGCUUCAAGCGUCCUCGCCGUGUUUGAGCUGCUGUGAGCCGCUUUGUCGCGUCCCUGAAGCAGAUUUUGGGAUAAGCGGCCUACCCUGCACUGACAUGUCAGCAGCUGGGCUACGCCAAAAAAGGCAUGGGCCAACGAACAGCGUGUACAUGAACCACGCAAAGUACAACAAGAAGAUGCGCACCCCUCUAUUCAUCGUGGAGUGUACGCCAGAGCUGGACAUGGGAAUGAUGGAAGACUUGCACUCGCCUGACUAUGAGUUCUAUCAGACGUUUUGUGAGCCUGCGGAUGUAGGGUUCUUUGGAACUUCCCGAAAGCGCACAUACGUGUUUGGGGCUCACGUUGAAAGAACCUCCGUGUUGCACGACCCUUUGGAGCUCCAUGACAAGGUUCGUGGGGUCCUGUCUCGCAGGGCACAGACACGGCCACGUGACUACUUGAUUGCCACGGACCUCGAAGUACGUAUGGAAGCACAGGACUUGUGCCGCAAGAGGGGCGUCAGGUACCAAGAGACGAAUCGAGACCUGAGCUAUGUGUUAACCAAAAGAGAAGGUGACGCCCUCCGUGAAUAUGAGCUUGAAUAUUUCAGACGGACAGGGGAGUUGGCGAGCCACAAUGAAGACCUCCUGGUGUGUCUCGGGGAUAACCCCUCCUUCUCCUUGACCUGGAGUCUGAAUGGCAAGGUGCCAUGCUACCGAAAGGGCCACGGCCUCUUGUGGAGUCCGAAAUACGCCCGCUGGGUCACAGCCCGUGAAAGGCUGUGCAGUAUGGCGUGGCCUGUCCUGCCAGCCAUCGCCGACUCCCUCCCAGCACCUUGCGUGGGAGCCACCGACAUCAAACGAGCCAGCGACUUGGCUGGAAAUGCGAUGCACUUUAUCAAUGCUGGUGCGCAACAGCUUCUCGGACUUGCGGCUUUCGGGCCGGAGUGUCCAAUGAUGAUCUAA